GAAGAAGCGAACGACCAUGUCCAGAUACGACCGCGCCAUCACCGUCUUCUCGCCCGACGGACACCUGUUCCAGGUCGAAUACGCCAUGGAGGCCGUCAAGAAGGGCGCUGUGGUCGUGGGCGUGCGCGGCAAGAACGCCGUGGUGCUGGCCGUGGAGCGCAAGGAGACGGCCAAGCUGCAGGACCCGCGCACGGUGCGCAAGAUCUGCAAGGUGGACGACCACAUCUCCAUCGCCUUCGCCGGUCUGACGGCCGACGCGCGCGUGCUGGUGAACAAGGCGCGCCUCGAGUGCCAGAGCUACCGCCUCACGGUCGAGGACGCGCCGUCCGUCGAGUACGUGGCGCGCUACAUCGCGCGCGUCCAGCAGAAGUACACGCAGCGCGGCGGCGUGCGACCGUUCGGUAUCUCGAUGCUCAUCGCCGGCUGCGACGACCAGGGCGUGCCCCAGCUGUACCAGACGGACCCGUCGGGCACGUUCUCGGCCUGGAAGGCCAACGCCACGGGCCGCAACUCGACCAACAUCCGCGAGUUCCUCGAGAAGAACUACGUGGAGAACGCCACGGAGGAGGAGGCCGUGAGCCUCGCCAUCAAGGCCCUGCUGGAGGUCGUCGAGUCCGGCAGCAAGAACAUUGAGAUCGUGGUGGUGCGAACGGGCGGCAAGGUUUCGCCGCUUGCGGACGAGAAGGUGAACGAGCUCUGCGAUCAGAUUGAAGCCGAAAAGGAGGCGGCUCGCCAGGCCAGCGGCGAGAGCAAGUCUUCGGCUUAGAUCAAAUGAGUGGAGGAAGGCAGCGCACCGAA